CCUUUGCCUCCAAAAUCCAGCAAAGACCCUCCCGGUUGCGUUUAUCUUCCUCUGACAUAACGCGAAAACUCAGUUUUGUGAGAAAUAGCGAUGGGAGGACAUGGAGCUGUAGAGGUGGCCAAGACGGUCCUUGAGGUUGCUGACGUGGCAUGGACCGCCAUGGAAUGCGGCCACCACCACCUUCACCAUGACGCCGACCACAAGGGCCACGAGGGAGCCAAGUGCGUGGUGUCUGACGAAGAAUUGGAGGCUCUGCGAGAGGAGAAUCGGCGACUGAGAAACUCGCUGGAGCAGAAUCUCAAGCUCCUCGAAAACCUAUCCGAAUCGCCUUCUUUGUUGAACGAUUGUCCUCCCGAUUUGUAUGCUCGCUUAGUAGCUACUGUGGAUUCGAACGACUUCUUGACGCGAAUCAGAGCUCUAAAGCAGGAAUCUGAAAAUCAGUUUCCUUUCAAGGUGGCCUCAGGAAGUGAUUUGGAGGCAGCUGAAAUUCUCAUCAAUGUUGACCAUGAAGAACCCAGUUGGUGGGUUUGGGUCACGGAAGAUAUGCUUCCGGGUAAAGUUGAGGAAAGGAGUGGAAUUGACAAUGAAAGCUAUGUUCUUGUUAGUGAGGAGCAUGUGGUGGAUGGGAUUGCCAAUUUUAUGGCUAAGUGUAUUGUGUCAAACCCUAAAGCUCGGAAUUUGACACCAGAGGAGCUGCAGAAAAUUGUAGCAAAAGCGAUGGGUGGUGUCAGCAAAUUGGAGAAGGUGUUAGGUAUUUGGCAUGCUGGGAAGUUGUUCUAUGCCCUGUCCACCUGGGGACUUGCUCUAACCGGAUUGUAUAGGAGCCGUGCCAUAUUGAAAUUUGCUGCAAUGGGGGUGCAUACAACAAGCAAAGUGAUUAUGAGGGCAAUGUGAGGAUUUAUGCCCCACCGCUGCAAAAUCUCAAAUUGUAACUGUACAAUAGUGUGUCUGGCUUCUUCUAAGAAUUUCCAUUUGAUGUAAAUAAUUGUAAAUAGUGCUUGUUCUUGAGCGUGCGCCAUGAUUUCAGUGACUGAUUUAUUGAAUUGAACCAUUGAUUGAUUCUAAA